AUGAAGAGCCUCGCCAUCGUUGGCGUUCUCGCCGUGUUCGCGAAUGGUCUCGCAGCUUCUGCUUCUGCUCCGGAUCUGGACCAGUCCGCUGGCGAGAUCAUUGAUGGUGCCGAGAUCACGUCUCCCGACGGGGCAUUCCACCAUGCCCCCGCCGCCUUGCCGUCGUCAAACCCAACAUUGACCAAGGUCAUCGUGAAGCCUUGGGCCACAGCAUCCGAGACUCCUUCGCCCAAUGGCAAUCGCGAGGAGCCUGGCGCGAGAAAGCCUUCCCAAAUUCUGCCCGUCAUCUUCAGUGAAGCCUGGAAAUUCUUCAAUGAUAGAGUUGCGGCUGGACGGCGUCCCGAUGAGCCUGAGAUGAGAAGACGAUUCCCAUCCCUCUGGCAUUAUCGCAAAGCCCGGUGGAUGUACUGUCGUUUCCUAUGCGCCACCGAGAAGUGUGUCUGCGAGUGUCUAGGCUUGAAUGGGCCAGACGCUCCCGUCGUGUCCCAGACCAGCGCCACGACUUUGACCACCUCAACUUGUACGUCGACGGCCGGACCUACGAUGACCUCUUCUGCAGCAACAGAGACUACAUCGCCGGUGACCACCGAGACGACCACCGAGACGACCACCGAGACGACCACCGAGACGACCACCGAGACGACCACCGAGACGACCUCAGAGACGACCUCAGAGACGACCUCCCAGGCAACCUCUGUCGUGGCCCCUUCUAGUGAAACCCCAGUUCCUACUGGCACCAGCACGACUUCGAUUGACGCGGCGCCUACCAUUGCAGAUCCUACGGAGACAGCUUCCCCUAGCACGACUCCCAUUGUCACGCCCUGCAAAGACGCGACUACCGUGACCGCUGCUCCGCAGACCGUCACAGUCACUCAAGUCGCAACGACCACCGUAACGGGUGUGCAUUACCCCUUGAACCCGCUUGACCCAGAUUUGGUCGGCCGUGACUCCAACAAGAUUCCUCAAGACUGGAAGGCCUAA